AACAUUUGCACCCAAAAAAAACAUAGGUUAUGAUUUUGUUUGCACAGACGACAAUAUAUUUGAGUCAGACGACACAUGUUGGUAAAACGUCUUUAGUCCAUUGGUUUGACCAAAUGACUAAUUACUGAUUUUAGAUUCAAAAGGUUUAGAGUUUGUGUUCUAGAAAAUGCGAUUUUUAUAGAUUUAUAGAGACAAAAUUACAAAAAAAAACUCCGGAUGCAAAUAUAUAACCCCAAUAUAUAAUAUGUUCUGAUAAAUGCUAAAUUGAUCCCCGGAAGUAUUAAAUCAUGAGAUAUAACCCCAAUAUAUAAUAAAAGUAAAUUUUUAACGUUGAAAUUUGAUCUGACGCAUUCACCCACCAUCAAAGAAAAAAGGAAAUUCUGUAUGAUAAUGGACACUUGGGAUGCAAGUUAAAUUCAUGUUUUCCUUUUUUCGUUUCUAGACGCUCUAUAUAAUAUGAUUCACACUAUUCUAUCUCUCUAUCUCUAUUUCCAUACUUGACUUCGAGAGUGAAACCCUAAGCUACACUUGUCUUUUUUUUUUUCCAAAUUCAAUCUCUUCCACAAAUCAACAAAGGAAAGAAACAACACCAUGAUGAAAACGAUGAAGAAAAUUGCGACUGCAACACAGAAGGCUGGGGCUGAAGCGAGGCCUGUCCAGGCGAAGAAGCAAUCGGCUCCACCAAUGAGACUUUCUCAAAACCCUAAAGCCGUGAUUAAGAAACAAGUGAAGAAGCCUUGCAAGCCUGUUUCAACAAAGCCUCUAGAGGUGACGAAGAAGAAGCAGCCGAUUCCGGAAGUUUGUGGAAACCCUAAAGCUUUUCCAGCGGUGAAGAAGAACGAUAAGGAUACGUUGGAGCUGUUCGAAAAAGCCAAGAAAUCAGCUGACGUGGCCAACACGAAGGGACUUCUUGCCGCCAAAGCAGAGACAUCUAUCUGUGUGGAUACUCUCUCUUUGCUCAUCACUAUGCCAAUCAGCGCAACAGCUCCUGAAACGAGGAGGAUCACGGAGAGGCUUGGUCAUCUCACAAGGCACAAAGAUCGUAAAAUCUGCAAUUCUGCAUCGGCUCUUUUACAACAUUGGAGUCAGAGCAUCAGAGAUCAACAACACUAAGAUGCCCUCUAAAAACUCAGUAGGCUUUGUAAUUUUGACAACAAUGUCGGUUGUUUUAUUAUUCUUGGUAAAUUUACCACUUUAUAUUUCAAUUGCUCUAAAGCUAACCGUAAAGAAUUUGCUUUCACAACCAAUGUUUGUGUUGUUAUCUGUUUAUGCGUAUUAAUUGAAAUUGGAUUUUUUUCAGUUGUAAAUCAGUGCAUGAGAAAGUUCUGAUUUUUAUCUGACUUAAAAGUCAAAUGAUAAUUUUUGAGAUGAUUGAAUGUAUUUUUAGAUUUGAUUCCUCCAUAAGUUGGGGGAGAAUAAAACAGAGAUGUGUAUGAACAUUAAUAAAUGUAUGGAAAAUAAACAGAACAUAAGGGAACUUGACAAGACACUCUGGCUUGUACGAAGCAAUGCCUUUGACAAGAAACUAGUCGACUUCAAGUCGUUGAUUGUUAUUAUUCUUCGAUAGAUCACUCAGAAAGUAAAAUGUUGUGAGUUGUAAAUAUAUAAGGCAUAUUUUUUUGCAAUCUCUCUGUGUGUUGUUCAAGUUGAAGUGUAUUCUUUUAUGCGAAUACAUGACGCAAUUGAAGAUUGAAAUGUAAACUUGUUUUUAGUUGUAACUGAGAGACAUAGACAAUAAGUCAAUGCUCGAGAAAGAUUUCAUUGUUUCUUGUCUUUUUCCAAAUUUACACAUUCUUCUAUGGUCCAACAAUUGGCAAUUCUGCUUCUCUGUUCAGCCAGACAUGAAAGCCAUAGUGAUACACAUCAAGUUAUCAACGCAUAGCCAGAUAAAUAGCGAUAUCUAUAACUACUGACUAACUGACAACGUUGGUUGUUAAUCCUGACACAGAAUAGUAAGGAAUGUUUGAGUUGUGAAUAAAUUAGUAAUUUCUCAGUCUCUCAACUGAACGUUUGUUUGUAUGUUUGUUUCAUGAGACUAGAGUUUGAAUUGUGAAGACUGGUUUCAGUUAUAAUCGAAAGAUAAUACUUGAGAAUAUCAGUUCCA